GUUUGUUUCAUUGAGGUUUUUUCAAACAAAUCACUAACCUUAACAGGCAGUAAUUGAAUGUCUUUUGGUCUGUCAGGAAAAAAAAAAAAGCUACCGGUAAAUAAGAAUGUAGCAUUUUAAGUAAUAGGUUACUAAAUGGGCAUAGGUUGUAAAGUGUCAGUUAUUCUCUACAGGCUACUUGCAUAGUGCUAGAAAGCCUUACUCCUUUUGCCAUUCAUUUUGGAGAAAUUAAUAAACUCAGGCAAAUCAGAAGUAGGGUAAAUCUGGAGAAAUUACAAAGGGGAGGAGUUCACCUUCCUGGCUAUGGCUUUCAGGUCUGUCCAGGACUACUUACUCCAGUAUAAAACUGGGAGCAGAAAUAUGAUCACAUACUAAGAAGUCUAAUCAAUUCUGGUUUCAACACUGAGCCUAUUUAAAAUAGAUAAUGGAAUUGCUGUUCCUUGUUCUGUUCUCUCUGCACAUUCUCAAGACAGAGGCACUAGUUGGAGGCCACUGGUGCUAUCAGUCACAGAAGUAUGAACAUCCACACUGUGAAGAUCCUCGACACUGGUAUCUAACAGAAGCCUCUUGCCAAGGAAACAAACAGUCACCUAUCAAUAUUGUCACCAAAAAUGCCAUUUACGACAAGAGCCUUAAGCCACUGAGUUUUGAAGGGUACGAUGUGAAGGGGUCUUCAAAAUGGAACAUAGAAAAUAAUGGACAUACAGUUAAAGUUACAUUGAGCACAUUCCCUAAAAUUGGAGGUGGAGGUCUGGGAAGAAAAUACAAGGCAAUAGAAUUUCACUUGCACUGGGGAACCGAAGGUGUGUCGCAGUACCUUCCCGGGUCAGAGCACAGCAUAGAUGGAGAAAAACAAGCCAUGGAGCUUCACAUCGUGCACAUAAGAGAAGAUGUUUCAGAUGUAACAGAAGCAAAGAAAAAUGCAGAUGGUGUAGCUGUGUUAGCAUUCUUUAUAAAGGUUAAAGAAGAAAAUAAAAAUUUUGCAACUCUAAUAAAUGAAUUAGAGAAUAUUAAAUACAAAGGGCAAACAGCACAGAUGGAGGCUUUGCCACUGAGUUCUCUGCUCCCACCUGAGGAAGAGCUGGGGAGGUACUAUCGGUAUGAGGGCUCCCUCACCACUCCUGACUGCCAUGAGGGUGUUAUCUGGACAGUAUUUGAGAGGCCAAUUGAACUCAGCAUUGUUCAGAUUUCUCAGUUUUCAACAGUCCACUUUGAAGGGAAGAACUCAACCUCCAUGGCUGAAAAUUUCCGGCCUGCUCAGUUUCUGAAUGAACGAAAGGUGUACUGGUCCAGUGCCAGCAUCCUCCUGCCUCCUGCUAAAGUUUUAAUGUUGGUCCUGAUGCUUACGUACAUCCUGAGUUCUCUUUUCCAGUGAAUGCUUCUCACCUCAUUCAAGGCUCUGGGCCUUUCGAAGGUUUUGUGUUGUUGCUGUUGUUGGCUCUUUGUAUCAAGUAGUCUCUCUAACUACCAACUCACGAAUCAUAUCUCAAUAGAGAAUUUAACCUUGUCCUCCUCCAAAUACUAACCAAGGACUUCUGUUGCUGCUCUUAUAUAAAAUGAAACCCAUUGCACUAAAUCACAAGAAUUCAAAGGAACUGUAAGAUAAAGCUAUGAAGAUUCAGAUUUUUAAAAAAAACAAAAAGCAACACUUAAAACAUUAGGAUGGAUUAUCUGCAAGCCUGUAGUUUUAACACUGGAAGGACAAUCUAGAAGCUAUACAGAGGACAAUCAAGAUCAAUCUGUUCUUAAGUGCCUAUAAAGGGUUUUGUUUGGAGCAUGUUUACAUUCAACAGUGCAAAUCAGGAAGACAGUAACCGGUGAAGUAGUUCUUAUCAUCCCAACAUUGUCCUACAUGAAGGUACAGCACAGAGCAAAGAAAAAAUGCUCACACACAACUGAGUAACAUCUGGGUCAUCCUAUCUAGUUGAGGAUAUGUGACAAAUUUCAUCUCUACUAACACAAUUUUCCCUUCUUCUUCCUUCAGAAUAUCUAAAGUUAAAUUUUAGAUAAGGAUACUGGAUUUGUUUCAUCUCAUCUACUGAUUCUGGAUUUCAGGUUUCUCUAUUAAGCUAUUUAUUCAUCCUAGUAUGGAAUCCUACUCUGGGAUGCCCAUGGCUGAUAUGAUGUGCUAGAACAAAAAAGGGAAGCUCAACCACAUGUACCAGUUGCACAUCUGUGGAAAUUCCCUCUCUUUGGAGGGCUGCAUUUGAAGCAUGAGACUUUGAUGAUCCUUUACAGUUUUCAUUUACCUAAUAAAAUGGGACAGCUCAAGAAAUGGCUCUUUCCAGUAUCACAUUUUAGAAGUUUUAAAAUGUCACUUUGAACAUUUCCUUUUUUUGGUGUGUAUAACAUAUCUGCAAUAUUCACAUAGGGUUAAGAUUCAUAGUUUUUCCAAGAAGAUGGUGAUUUAAACCGUUUUCUUCAGAUCUCACCCAAUUAUUUAUCAAAAAGCUCAAUAUAUUGGGAAAUGGGAUUUCCUUAUUCCAGUUCUCCCUCUGAAGACAGACACAAUAGUUUUCUUCAGCUAUUGCCAUAUAAUAUGUUACAGCUUCUUUUAGAAUUGUAGACUUUGGCCACGCCAAAAUAGCAUUUCAUAUUAGUAGACUUGUAUUUUUUUCUUUAGGGCAAUGUUUGCAGAGAUGACUUUAUGCUACAGCUAUAAGGCCAUUUUCAGGAAAAUAAUGGCAGUGGGACUAACCACAGCUCUCCAAAGGAGAAAAAGCAGGGUGAAAAGUUAUUUUCAUAUUUAACAAUCAAUAAUAUAAGCUUAAAAACAAACAAAACCACAAAAAACCCAAAAAAACCCCAACACAUAAGAAGGCUAAUUCACCUUUUUAAGUUUAGAGGAAUGAUUAAGACUUGAACUGUAUUUUUAGAUAACUGAAAACCUUUUGAGAAGGAAACAUAAAUGAAAGAUUAAAGUUGAACAGAGACCUA